AUGUCUUCAUCGCACAAGAGUGGUGCGGUUCAGGCUCCUGACCAGUUGCCCUGGAACCCCAACUGCGCUCGAUUCCCCUCGCUGAGGGAUUUGCCCAAGUUGCCUGGCGCCCCGGAGGGCGCGGCUUGGGUCUGGGGAGAAAAUGAUCAGCUGGGGCGCUUGAAUCUGCUCACACCGCAACGGGUUAAGCAAUCUGCUCAGGAGAUGGUCACGGGAGAGAUGGUGCGAUUGGAUCUUCCUCUCAACGUGCCUGAGAAACCGGCCUUUGAUCGGGAGGUUUUCAAGCAUACAGUGAAGACUCUCGUCGAUGGUAUCGCCUACGAUGAUUGCUAUUCCUUGAACACCCAGAGUGGCACUCAGUGGGACGGAUUCCGUCAUUUUGCGCAUUGCGAAACCAAGCUCUUCUACAACAAGGCAACGAGCGAAGACUUUGUCGGUGAGAAAGCAAAUCUCCGUUGCAGUAUCCAUCACUGGGCCGAACAUGGUGUCGCCGGCCGCGGAAUUCUGCUCGACUACCGCGAUUAUGCACUGAAGAACAACAAGCCCUACGAUCCCAAUUCGUCACAUGCCAUCUCGCUCGACGAACUCAAAGCCUGUGCCGCCUCGCAAGGAAUCGACAUCCGCCCCGAGUCCCAGGGAGGCGACAUUCGUGUCGGCGACUUCCUCCUGAUCCGAUCCGGCUUCGUGGAGAGGUACGACGCGCUGAGCCCGGAGGAACGCUAUGCCGCCGCGACUCGGUCUCAUGAGGAUCUGAGCUAUGCCGGUGUCGCACGCGACGAGGACAUGCGCCAGUGGCUCCAUGAUUGCUACUUUGCCGGGGUGGCCGGAGACUCGCCCACAUUCGAAGUUUGGCCCGUCCCGGCGAUGGACUUUUUGCACCAAAGCCUCUUGUCACUCUGGGGCUGUCCCAUUGGCGAGAUGUGGAAUCUGGAAAAGUUGGCCGAAAAGUGUCGUGAACGGGGCAAGUGGACGUUUUUCAUGACCAGCGCACCGGCAUAUGUUCCCGGUGGUGUUGGUUCUCACGCCAAUGCGACUGCGUUCCUGUAG